AGCUAAUGAAAAAUUAAACACGUAUACAAUUUCAAACCAGCACGACACCGAAUGUGUAUUACGUGUUAACGUGUUUUAAAGAGCAGUUAAUAUCUUAACUCGGCGAAAGCUUUAGUAAAGUAGCACGCGAGUAGUUUGGCUAGUUAGCCACGUGGCUACUUCACGUGUGUUCGCUAGCUGGGAUCACUGUUGUUAAAACUCCUUGUGGUUUAACGUUGGGUGUUAGUGUAGUUCGGUGAAUCUCUUGAGCAAGGAUGAAGCUGCAGCUGUCCUGUGUGGUCCAGGGGAGGAGUCGGCUGGGUGUCCUGAAGGGGCUCGGCAGGACGGGGCAGCACUCUCUGGAAGUCCCGGGGUGUCUGCUGCACACACAAUUGGGCACAGUGCCCCACCUCACCCAGGACACUCUGCACACCAUGAGCAACCUGCCCUCUGUCUCACAGGUCACCCUGUCUCAUAUAGCAGAGCACCAGGAAGCGUUGGAGGAGUUCAAGGAUGGCUUCAGGAAGUUUGCAGGUCUUCAUGACACCGUGUUGUACUGCUCGCUUCACGACCCUGCGACCCCCUGCCCAACAGGUCACACUACUAGCAAGACGGUGUCUGUGUGGGGCAGCGGCGGGCGCAUCGAGCUGACGGUGGCGAAGUUCAUGGCUCUCCAGAAGACCGUGCAGCCAGACUGGUACCAGAGCAUGGCCGACGGAGAGACGUGGCCGAAAAACACUUCCCGCAAAAGGGUUAGAAAGUCGGUGGAUCGAUCUCUCGCCCACUUGGAUGAGUGUCUGCUUGUUCACCAUAAAUCACAGGAGUUGGAGAGCGUGGAGGUGUUUGGGGUGGUGGAGGGAGGAGACAUCCUGGAAGAGAGGCUGCGCUCAGCCAGGGAGACGGCCAAGAGGCCGGUGGCAGGAUUCUGCCUGGACGGUCUCCAGACGGGCUGCAUGGACCAGGCGCUGAGGACGCAGCUCAUCACGGCCGUGACCACGGAGCUGCCUGAGGACAAACCCAGACUGCUGCAGGGCGUAGGACGACCUGAUGAGGUGCUGGCGUGCGUGGAGGCCGGCGUGGACCUGUUCGAGAGCUUCUUCCCCUUCCAGGUGACGGAGCGAGGCUGCGCUCUGAGCUUCAGCUUCCACAUCUCCCCGGAGCUCGCAGUGCCGGCUCUGGAUGAAGAAAGGGACACCGCUGGGGAGGCGCUGCAGAAUGGAGAUUUGAGUCUUGAUGAUCAAACGCAGAUGACGUCCUUUGAGAUCAAUCUCAAAGACGAGAGGUACCGGGAUGACUUCAGGCCCGUGGUGGAGGGGUGUGGCUGCUACUGCUGUAAGAACCACCAGAGGGCGUACCUGCACCACCUGUUGGUGACCAACGAGAUGCUGGCUGGAGUCCUGCUCAUGAUCCACAACACGACCCACUAUCAUGCCUUCUUCGGCGCUCUGAGAGAAGCUCUGGCCAACGAUGAAAUGGACCUCCUUAAGAGACGGGUUCUUGGGGAGAGAAAGGACUAAGGCCGAUGAAUCAGAAUGAUAGGAGAGGGCUUGAUCCUGCUCUUCCUCUCAAGGAUCUUGUCCAGACGCAAUCAAAGCUCUGUCUCUCUGCUACAUGGACCUUGAGACCCUCCGCAUCUCAUUAAAGUCAUGAAGCACGCUUAACAGAGGAGGACGCGUUGGGUUUGUGUCCUGGUUUAACACCAGAAGCUCCCUUAAGCUUGUGCAUUGAUCUGGGCAGAGAGCCAGGAGAUGAAGUCAGGAGGCUGAAGAUGGAAAGGAGCUGGACGGGAGGUCAAGAGGAAUUUGCAUAAAGAGAGAAAUGCGAGGAUGGAUGGUGGUGUACUAUCGACUGGGACUAAAUCCCCGUGUGCCUCCUGUUGUGGUCUGAUUACAGGUCAGCAGAUCACUAACAUCCUCUGGCAUCAUUGACAGCAGACCAGAGGGAGAGGCAGCCUGUGUGAGCAGUUACUAGUUAUUAAAUGCAUCCCGCUCAGAUAUUAAUAGGUUAUGUGUGUAAUAGGAUUCUGUCGUUCAUGUGCUUCAUGGAUACUUUGACUGUUUCAGUUGUGAUGAGCUUCUAACACUCGUGGAUUGACUUCAUGUCGUUGCCAAUAAAAGGACUAACCAGGA